AACAGUAGAGUCCAAAAUAUUAAAAUAUCAUAUCAGUUGAUUUUAGCCACCAGUUGCAACGGUGUUAUUAAAAGAUUACAGAUUUCAACUGAAUAUUUGCACUAAAGUGAUCAAGAUGGCUACAUUUUCUAAAUCAACAAUGGAAACAUGCUCUGAUUCUAUUAUAGACUUUUGUUGUUCGCCGUGUCUUGAGCACAAAAUUGACCAGUGGGCGGAGUUGUACUGCGAUACCUGUCAGAAAUUUUAUUGUGCAGAAUGUGCCACUCUUCAUGGUCAGUUAUUUGGGAAACAUGUGACGUAUGGAAGGGGAGACACAAGUAAGUGGCCAGCGUCCAAGGAAGUGCAGGAUUUCCUUCUGAAGUGUGACCUUCAUGAAGACAAACAUCUAGAAAUGUACUGCAAUGACCACAGUCAGCUGUGCUGCACUAAUUGUGCUUUCCUCAAUCACAGACUGUGUACUAAAGUAACACUUAUAUCUGAGUCAGCCAGAGGACCUCUGCCAGACUUGCAGCAACUAUCAAGAAAGAUCCAAACUAUACUCGAAGAAGUCAAGAAACUUGAGAACCAUUGCAACACCAACAUGCUGACUUUGCAAGCUUCAUACAACAAACUAUUAGAUGAAAUACGUGACACACGCCAGACAAUAAAUAUCAUUUUAGACAAGAUUGAAAAAAACACUAUACAAGAGCUAGAUGAUAAGAUGACCAGUCUAAAAGCUUCUAUUAAGACUGAUUUAGACAACUGCAUCAAGCUUAAAAAUGAACUAAAACAACUCAGUGGCGCAAUAAAUGACAUUAUUGAUAAGGGCAAAGCAGAACUCACAUUUAUUGCAAGUAAGAAAUGUCUGGAACAAGUAAAGCAAUCUGAAACUUAUCUGAAGGAGAACUCUGUUCAGGUAGAAAGUUCACUGACAUUCCAGGCAGACAGUGAUGUUCAACAGUACUUGUCUAAAUUGUCAGGUCUUGGGAAGACUGUACUCAGUACCAAGGAAAUAUUAGAGUUAGGUGAUCCAGACCAGGUAUUCACUAUACAAGGAAAGUCAGAGUAUGAUGUGAGCAUACCAGGUGAUUCAGAUAGAAUCCGCGAUAUCAUUGCCAUCUGUGUUCUCUCUGAUGAUGAGAUCCUUGUUGCAGAUUGUGCUAAUAAACGAGUUAAGCUACUCAAUCAUCAAUACCAGGUGGUGGGACAUUGUGAUUUAACUGGUUGGCCAUGGGGCAUGUGUAAAAUCACACCAAGUGAAGUAGCUGUUACUGUGGAUUCGAAGGAGACACAUGGGGUCCAGUUUGUCUCUGUCAAUGGUAGGCAGCUGGUUAAGGGCAGGAAGUUGCAGUUUCAACAUGACUGUCUUGGUAUCGCUCAUGAUCUGCAAGACCUGUAUCUCACUUCUGGCACUGCACUUUACAAGUAUUCAAUGAAAGGAGCCCUGUUGAAUAAAGUGUAUGAAGAUACAUCAGACGAUCACACAGUAUGGAAGUGUGCAGUGAGUCCUUCAGGUGACAAGAUAUUUGUCACCAACCAAUCCCAUCACAAGGUCCUCACCCUGGCCACAGAUGGCACAGUUCUCCACACCUUCACCAACCCAGACCUGCAAGGACCAAAUGGUAUCCAUGUUACUGAUCUGGGACAGGUUCUGGUCUGUGGAUGGCUAUCCAAGACUAUCAUUCAGCUGGAUGGUGAAGGCAAGAAGAAGCUGGCAACUCUUGCUUCCGAGAGGGAUGGACUAGCUCAGCCAUGGUCAGUCUACUUCAAUAGGAGCACAGCAUCCAUCAUUGUGGCACAAAGUGAUAGGAAAAAAAUCCUAGUGUUUAAAGUAAAAUAGUUUUGUUUAACCAGUUUCAGUGCAGACAUUUUGGAACAUGUACUGUCAACAAUAAUUCAUGGCCUGACCAAACUAAUAUUCACUGUUACAUAACAUUACAUAAUCUACAUGGAUGAUUAACUGUUUUGCCAAGUAAUGUCAUAUCUGCGAAUAUGUUUAAAAAGUACGUUUGUAAUGAAGUUCUUGGCAUCAUAGAUCUAUUAUUUAGUGUAAUGUUGCAAGGAAUCAACUGUAUUUCAUUGACAAUUAUUUUUCAUUUAAAUUGUAUAUAAUCAGUGUAUUGUUGUAAUCUUGAUCUAAAUCCCCAAAAUGACUCAUAUGUAGAUACAUGAUUUACUUGUGGAGAUUUGUUUUGAUCUAAUAUAUUGUGAUAAAAUUGUUAUGCAAUGUAAAAAGAACUGCAGAGUGCGUUUUGGGACAGUUUUUAUUUAUCAACUGUCAGAACCAUUUGCAUUGCACUUAUAAUAAGAAAAGUUAAACAGAAUGCAAUUGAGAUCAGUUUGAAUGAAUUGAAUUCACUUCUAGGAUAGUUUAACUGUUACCAUGUGUUCUGUUCUAAACAAUAUGUAGAGUCAUAGCAAGUAUGUAUUGUACAGUUUUCCGCUAUUGUUGUUUUUAGAUUUUAUAUUUGUUGAUGACCAUUUUAUAUGUCAUUACUUAUGUCAAAGUGUUAUCUGCCUUUCCUUUCAUUAUAUUUUGCUGAAUAAAUUAUCUUUAACUA